GAUCGGCCGAGYGACGGACGUUGCGACCAAGCGAGCCGGGUGGGUAAAUUUUUGAAUCUGCUUUGAAGCGGGUCCGGGUGUUGUUUGUUUGUGACAGAUUUGUGCCCAAAUCUGGAAAAUGGAUCGAAAACGGACAAUACAGGAGGUAUUUGAAUUUUGUUGAGUUUCCUGGACUGAAAUCAAACAUCAACGCCAUCCUGAAGGUGCAAGAACAGAGUGACGACAGCAAAAGUUCUACCGCACGGUGGCAAAGCAAGGAAAAACAAAGGCGUCAAGCCUCAUUUCAUGGAGAAAAUCAGCAGCAGAAGCACYGUACAAGAACAAAUAUACGACACAACAAGAACGGACUUGAUAGAUUUCCAUUACAUCACUCAAUAUCGAAUCACACCACUCCUUUCGUUAUGGUGUCGUCGACGAGACCGAAGAGGAAUAGCGCCGGCCGCGAACACGGAAGGUCGUUGCUUGAUAGCAAUAAACUCAACACUAGCGCAAACACCUCCGGUGUUGACCUAGCUUUAGCAACCUUGCAACCGCUGCGGGAUCUGGCUAGAAAUUGGGACGUAGACGUAGCGUCUUGGUAAGUACGAUACGAUACGAUACCGCACCGCACCGCACCAAAUCAUACAAUGUCAUACCACAAUGGAAAUGGACAGUGAUAGAAAGCAUAUUUCUUUUUACCGCUAACUGAGUGAUUGCAUUCUUUGUGUUGAAUGUAAACUUAGCUUGGAAGAAUACCUCCAGGAAUUGGCUGGGAUACACCCACAACAGCUCCAGAAAAUCGCAGAGGGAGCGUCGGCCAAUAAUCCAAAYAUAUCUACCGAUAAUGGGGCUCCCAACUUUGCACAGGCAGCAUUGAUUCUACAGAAUUCUUCGAAUGUUUACGGUCGAAAGGUUGAGUAUCUUUAUUCUCUCGUCUAUAAGGCGCUGGACGAGUUCUUUCAGGCAUCCAAGGCUACAUCUUCCUCGCGUCAAAAUUCCCGAAAGAACAAAUCCGUCGACGCAGACGUGGAUGACUUUUUCGAUUUCGAUCCUCACGAGUGCUUUCUAUUGCUAGACGAUGUUGUGCCAGAGGAUCUCACUCCGACACACCGAAAGAUCAAUCUCAAAGAGGAAGAGGAAGAUAAAGAAACUCGAGACCGGAUGAGUUUGGUUGGAGGAGUUGGUGGUCCCAGAUCGGCAAUUGAUCGCAGCCAAAACAAUAACAACAUGACGAGGCUUUCGUUAGGGGGACUUUCCGUCACACGAAUGGAACGAAACAAUUCUUUUGGUAAUGGAAAUAUUUCUUCUCAGCAACAACAGCGGGCUCUACUCGGUAUCUUGAAUAACGGGAGUUUGAGAUUAAUGAGUGGCCAUUGUGAUGUGGGAGACGAUGGGCUUUUACUCAUGCCUGGAUCACAGUCCGCCAAUCCGAAGAAUCACAACAGCAAUAGUUUUAGCAACGGAAUCACUAGCAAUCCCGACAACAGCCUGAACGUCAACUUUGAUGGUGCUGAUGUUGGAACGUCACCAACAGAGAACUCUAUGGUCUCGGGCGCGAGAAAUCUUUUUGACGAUGGUUACAACGCCGAUGAUUACGACGAUCAUGACGAUGGUCAGGGUUUUGCAAUGAACGAUGAUUUCGACUGUGAUGGCGACGCCAACAUGGCGUGUGCGAAUGUCCAGGAAACCGAAGAGGGUGUGUGCGCACUGGCUUCGUCGCAAACAUCUUCAWCAGCCAAGAGGGUUGCUUUUGCAGAUUCCGUUGUUGACGAUUCAGAGAAGAAUCAACAUCGUAAGCAGCAGCAGCAGAAGAAGAAAGAUCCAUGGCAACUACUUGAUCCACAUUCACUUGGAGAACACUCAUACAAACCUAAGCCCCUCAAGAGAGGCAAGACCUACCGACUGCCAGAAGGAAUCCUAGAACCUCCUUCAGAAUGCGUCACGGGCUCUAGCACGAGUCGCACAACUAAGCCAGAACGUCGGUCAUUGGUACAGCCGACUUUGAGAUCGAGCUUAGCAGUUGAAAACUUUCGGAUGGCGAUGGGGAAGCAACUAGAACCCUCCAAGAAAAUAUCUUCUCGUGGACUUGCGUAUGGAGAUGAGUUCUUGUACAUUGCGAAGGAAAAUGCCCGAUUGAAAGCAGCAAAGCGUCGGUUAGAGCGUAAGCAAGAGCAACGAUCUAGUGUAGCGCUGUUACGCCAAAGCGAAAAGAAGAUUGGGGAUAUUGAUAACAGUAACGAGGGCAAAUUUGAUGAAAUAUACGACGACGACGACGACGACAAUGGGGUUGCGUUUGAUUUUGGAGGGGGGGAUAAUGAUUAUGACGAUGAAGGUGAUCGUGAUUAUGCAACAGGAAACUCUGGAUUGGUGGACCUCGAAGAUGCUUUUGGCAACAGGCAUCAAUAUGAUGAAGAUGGAGCCGAGGACGAAGGUAAGGAAGCACACACGUCUCUGCACUUGGGUAUUCAGAAUAUAGCUUUGCUUUAUUUUAACUCUAACAUGCACAUACGUUUGAUUGCAUACCAAUUUCUGAAUAAUUCAGGCCCGGGCGUUAAACAAUCGUUUGAAGAACUCUGCCGUGCUCACAUCCAAGCUUUUGCAAAGACUGCUGAGAAAUUUGCUCUAACGACGAAGUUGACCGAGCGCAUAAGUCAGUGGCAAGCCCAUCUAAUGCCAAUUCUUGAAGAGGAAGAACAGAAAGCCAGUUUUGACAUUCAUCGAUAUUCCCAAAUGCUUUUGGAUUCAUCGAUAGAAACUGUUCAAGAGAACAAACGGAAGAGUUUGGAUCAUAAGUUACAGAAUAAUACCUCAGAUAGCCCUUGCAUGAAUACCAACUCUGUCGAAUUCCGAAGUGUGACCGAAGGAUGCACACAGAGUGAUAUAUGUCGGUUGUUCUUGGCCAGCCUCAGUCUUGCCAACAGCGGGAACCUGAUGAUCGAAGAAGGGGCUCUAGAUUAUCGGUUUGAGAUCUUGUCCGGAAAGGUGGACAAGCCGAUGGAAACCUAUCGAGCACCAAGCACCACAACCAGUGGGGUUGCUUGAAGAGUAGUUCAUCAAGGAAAAGAUAGUGAUAAUAGUUGUCUUUGAUCUACCAUAAAGUCCAUGCGUUGGUAGAUCGGAUUCUCCUUCUUCGUUGUAGGAAUAUAUUUUGUGUUGAGUAGAACACUUCUUAUCACAUACACUAAGCAAUUUGGAUGGGUGUAAAAUACCAGGUUAUGGAAAAAUAUGGAAGAAGUCAAUCGCAUUAAAUUUAGGUUUUCGAC